AUGGCCAACAGCAGUUUUCUACGAUAUAUGGAUUACUUUUUAAAGCAUAUUUUGGGAAAGGUAUGUUGUUUUACAUAUUUUUUUUAUUUUUAGGUAUUAACUUACUGUAAAGUUUUUUUAAAAGGUUACUGCUGUUUUAUGUGUGGUUCUUUUUUGGAGUCUCGAAUGUAAAUAGGGGUGGAAGAAACUGUUAAGUCGUUGUCAGUACUCAUUAUGUUGUUUUAGGUACUAGUAGUUCUUGUUUAUGGCAUUAUGUCGUUCAUAGCAUUUGAGAUAUUGUUCAUCGCCUUGCCAUACGAAUCUCUACACAAACCGAAAUGGUUUAUCUGCAUUUUAUGCUUUGUUGCUGCAUAUUUUAUUUUUUCAAUUUUAUAUUAUUACUAUAAGGCCAGUAAGACUCCUCCUGGGUCACCUAAAAAGGUAAGUAAUCUCGUUUUAGUGUUAUAUUAAGAUUCUACUAUGCAUGUUUGCGAACGAACAUGAUGUUCGAAACCACUUUAAUUUGAUUGUUGUUUUAGAAGACAGGUACGCCGUUUUGUUAUCGUUGUCAGAACUUUAAGCCUUUUAACGCUCAUCAUUGUCACAUUUGUGACAUAUGUGUUCUGAACAUGGAUCAUCAUUGUGUGUGGAUAAAUCAAUGUGUGGGAGCUCAGAAUCAUCGAUUCUUUCUACAAUUCAUCGGGUUUCUGACAGUCGGGUGUUUUUUGUUUGUUGUAGUCACAUAUCCUACCUUUUAUCACAAUUAUUGGAAUGUAAGUUACCAUUGCUUCGAAGGACAAGUAUUCAAAAUUAGGCAUUUACAUUUUUUAAAAAGGUUAACUUUUAUACAAAAGUUAAAAUUAUGUAAAUAUUAAAGACUUAUGUUUUAGGCGAAGUAUGACACAUUUUGUAACAGGUUGGACUUGGAUUAUUUGUCUUGGAAAGAAAGUUUCUGCCGGAACGGUCAAGAAUUUGUGAUGACAUCUGUUUUCUUUGCCUACUGUUUGGCGGGCGUGGUAUUCUUCUUAGUGGGAGGGUUGUUUUGGUGGAAUUUUUCAUUAAUAUCCUCUGGACAAACUUACAUCGAGUUCUUGGUAUGUUUUUUAAUAUUUUUGGGCAUUUUGAUGUUCUUAGUCAAUUUUAUGUUAGUAAAUUAGUACUAAUGCCACUUGCAGAAGAACGGUGAACAGCGUGGUUGUAUGCCGAUGGUGUUAUGGCCUUUUGGAGCACCUCAUUUUAGAAGGAAUUGGGAAAACUUCCUCGGCCUUCGGAAUGGAAAGUCUUUUAUCCGGCAUAUUCUGUUGCCUUCGAAUCAUUUGACAUACACAGAUGAGGAAGAUCUGGCACGACUAACUAUAGUUUAG